UGUACGUGUAGACGCCCCCUGUUUGGUUUAGCUAGCUGGCUUAGGGUUUAAAAUGUCUCUGAGCAGAAGAAUGAAAAGACAGCAGUUUAGGAAAUAAUAGCUAAACCCUCAAUGAAGUUUCAAAGGAGGCAAGUGUGUGUAUGUCCUGAGGAGAAAGAAUUAACCAGAUCACCUUGAACAUGAGUAAGAAACCCCCUAACAGGCCUGGGAUUACUUUUGAAGUCGGAGCCCGAGUGGAAGCUCAAGACUACUUACAAAAAUGGUACCCCUCGCGUAUAGAGAAGAUUGACUACGAUGAAGGGAAAAUGCUUGUCCAUUUUGACCGCUGGAGCCAUCGCUAUGAUGAGUGGAUUUUAUGGGACAGCAACAGGCUACGUCCACUAGAGCGACCCACACUACGUAAAGAGGGGCUGAAAGAAGAGGAGGAUAUGACUGUAUGUCUUCAUAAAGAGAGACUCGGUGAGAUGAGAUCAUCUCGCCUGCGUGAGCUUCCUGGAAGUACAGAGAACACAGAGGACCAAAAAGACUUGCCACAACAGAGACAAUUACAGGAAUUGAAAGAUGGUGAAGAAGUUCUUGCCCGAUGGACAGAUUGUCGCUACUAUCCUGCCAAGAUUGAAAGUGUCAACAAAGAAGGAACCUACACAGUCCAGUUUUAUGAUGGGGUGAUUCGCUGUGUGAAACGAAUACAUAUAAAAUCCAUGCCAGAGGAUGCCAAAGGACAACAGGAUUGGAUUGCUCUCGUGAAGGCAGCCACAGCUGCAGCUAAGAGCAAAGGAGGUUGUCGGCCUCGCACCAGUGCCAACAGUAACAAAGACAGAGAGGACAGAACAGAGCCCAGGCUUGAUGAUCUCAAUGACGAGGAUAACAAUGCUGAUUCUGAGAGACUUGGCUCUUCUGAUGAAGAAGACUGUAAACCAUCUUCUGAGGAGCUUGAGAUGGCGAAAAGAAAAAGAAGCAGCAGCAGACAAGGUAGUUUCAGCAAUACGAAAAGAGCUCGUCUCAACAAAUCAUCAGGCUGUGCCAAACAUGAGAGUGACUGCAGAGAAGAUCUUCCUGUGGUAUCACAGAGUGGUCCAGCAGCUGAAAGUUGCCCCAGUGAGGAUCCCUUGCAGUCUUCUGUAGCCCAAAGGCAUCCUGCAUCUCUCCCAAACACACCCCCAGGACCCUCUCGCUCCUGUAGACUAAAGCAUGAUUCUGGAGAGUCCACCAUCAGCAGCUUGAGCACAAGUACAGCAGCAGAGUCUAAACCCUCACCCAGUUCCAUUCACACCCUCUCAGAUACACACACAGCCACUUCAAACUCUCCUCAGAGGCGCAGAAGAUCUCAGCGUCUCGCAACUUCCUUAGACCCAACCUGCCCACCAUCACCACCCAGCCGGGAUUCCAACCCCACCACACCACAGACUGACAAUAGUCAGAGAGCAGAUGCUGACAGUAGUUGCUUGGUGAAAGCUGAACCCUCUUUAAGCAAACCAGUCACUGGUACUCCUCCAUCCUCAGUUUCUUCUCCUGGAACUGCUCAGUCCACAGUCACUGAGAAGGAAGGAAUGACUGACAUGUUGCUCGUCAGUCAUACAUUAGUGGCAGAGAGUUUGCCGUCUGUUGUUGCUGCUGCUGGUCCAAAAACUGCUUCCAGGACCCAUAAACCCAACAAACAUGCCAGAGAGCCCAUUAUAAAUACCAAGCGAUCUGAUGACCCCAUGUCUCCUAAUGAGUCUCUGGUUGAUCUGGACCAUAAUAAGUUCAAGUGUCAAAUUCCAGGCUGCUCUAAAGCCUUUCGGAAAGCCAAGCUGCUGGAUUACCAUCUGAAGUAUUACCAUAAUAAUGAUAAAGAGCUGGAGAGUGAAGUAUGUUCUCCUGAAAGAGGAGGCCGCACCAGGGCCACAUCUACUUCUGUAUCCACCAGCAGCUUAGUAGAGAUACCAGACAGCAAGAGGCGCAGGACAGUCUCCACCUCCUCCUCUCUGUCUUCUCAGGGACACGUAUUACAGCUGGACUGUGCUGGCUCUUGUCUGAAGCCCCCAAAGUUCUGUAGGAAGAAGCAUUCAUCUGCCUCGGUCAGCUCCGACAGCACUGAAGUCUCACUGCCCCUUUUACCCAGAGAAAAGACUUUUGAGAACUUUAAUGAUAAGAUCCUCACGAGGUUCACUGAGAAGGACAAACACCUGGAUCAAGGACUAUGUAUGAAGCCUGAAAGGAAAUUCAAAGUUGAAGAGAAAUGUCAGCUAAUCGGGAAAAAGAGAGAUAAAGAUCGCAGAGAUAGAAAAGAAAAGGACCCUUUCAAACUCAAACAGAAGAAGAAGAAAAAGAAGAAGAAGAAAUCCAAGCAGUACUGUUACUCUGAUAUGGAAGAUGUCUCCUUGUCCUACUUGGAGAGAUCAGCCUAUCUACUUCAUCACUCUUCCUCUAGCUCCUUUUCGAAACACUCAGCCUUCCAGUUUCCUCGUGCCAUCCUGUCAGUCGAUCUCACAGGAGAGAACCUAUCAGACAUUGACUUUUUAGAGGACUCCACCACAGAGUCUCUCCUGUUUAGUGGUGAUGAAUACAACCAGGAUCUGGACUCUCUCACAAUGGAGGAUUUCCAGGAUGAAGAGGACGACUCUACGAAUGAGAUUGUCCGUUGCAUCUGUGAAAUGGAUGAAGAGAAUGGCUUUAUGAUUCAGUGUGAGGAAUGUAUGUGCUGGCAGCAUAGUGUGUGUAUGGGACUGCUUGAGGACAAUAUACCUGACCAGUACAUUUGCUACAUCUGUAGAGACCCACCAGGACAAAGAUGGAGUGCCAAGUAUCGUCAUGAUAAAGACUGGCUAUAUAAGGGCCAUAUGUAUGGCUUAUCUUUACUGACGGAGAACUACUCGCAUCAGAACGCUAAGAAGAUUGUGUCUACACAUCAGUUACUGGCCGAUGUGUACAGUGUUAAAAAGGUGCUUCAUGGCCUACAGCUCAAGCUGGACAUAUUACAGAAUAAACACAAUCCCAGUUUACACUUAUGGGCUCGUUCUUGGGUGAACUCGGAUGAGGAUCAACCUAUGGGUGGAGUUCCAGAUUGCAUCAUGUUUCAGCAGCGCAUCAACCAGAACUUAAAUCCUGAAACUUAUAUCACCAGUGAACACAGCUACCAAAAGCCUUCUGGCAUGGGCCACCAACACAAACAUGAGCAGGGCUUCCAAACUGCCUCUCAGACACUACAAUUUAUACCAAAGGAGGAGGAGGUGAGCAGUGCUAUCUCAUUGUCUGGCUGUGUGAGUGAGAGCGGAUUGGGGCAGGGGGAGCCGGCCAGAAACUGUCUGCAGUGGCAGAUGAACCUCCUCACACACAUUGAAGAUGUUCAGAACCAGGUGGCUGGCCGCAUGGAUCUUAUCGAGAAGGAACUAGAUGUGCAUGGUCAAAGGUAAACCUGUAGAUGGCAGUAAUGCAACACUGGAUGCCAGCUGCCGUAAAACCCAAAAGAUGAAGAAGAAGCUGAAGGUAAACCUGCGCACAUGGAUUUCCUCUGUCUGCUUGACUGCACAAAGUGAGUAAUUUCAUGCACAUUAUUUGCUAGGGAAUCCCCUCAAAUUAAAUAACUUCCCAGCCACAGAAUGGCCUGUUUUUUUUAAUAGAUAUUACAGAAAUAUAUAUCACAAUGACCAAAUUUCAGAAGGAGCUAAAUUUCACCGAUUUUUUUUAUGAAAUCGAAAGGCCGUCUAGUUUUAAAGAAAAAUAAUGUGCUUAUAGUUGGUGCAUGAUAAAUUAUGCUAUUUUUCUUCAGUAAUCAGAGUUCCCUCUGGAUUUUAAAAAAUAAAGGCAAAGAAGUAGUAUUCACUUUUUCUGAGUCUGUAUUUUUUUUUUUUUCCUUGGUUACCAACUUAUCAAACUGGACUUAAUACAGGUUUUUACCAACCAAACUGGCACAAUUCUAAUAUUUGUACAGAUACAGCUAGGCCUCUCCAUUACAUAUAAAAUUUGGGCUCCACUCCAGUCUCUAAUAAGAGAGACUUGAUUUUGAGAACCCUGUGCACCAUCAAGCUAAAAUAAACCUCUAGUUUGAGCUUAUUUAAGGUUCUUUUAGCAUGGAAUUGUUCAAAAGAGGUAUUAGGACUCCCUUUAGCCUUUACUUCAACACAAAACUUCAUUUACAAUUGAACAGGGCCGAGAAGACUCUUGGAACAACCAACAGUGAAGGACUUCAGUCUUCCUGUCGAUUCAUGAACCAAACACAGAAUGACAGUGUGCUUUUUAUUAUACGUUAGCCAUGGGAACGCAACACGCCACAUCCCCUGAAACGUAGCUUCCUUCUGUCGCUUGCCACAGCUGGUCGCGCUUUCACUUUGCGGUGUUUUUUUUUUUUUUUAAACCGACCCCUGUGUUACUGACACUGUGCUCAGGGAGGGUAGGGGCUCUGAGUGUGCUUCCCCUGUGGCUAUUUUGGCCCUUAAAUCAUCAGCACUUGAAGAAGCCCAAAAAACUUGAUCAGCUUAAACUGCACCACUGUUUGGUUCACACAGAGAUAAUUACACCACCACACCAGGCUGAUUAAGACGCUUUGCGAUUUGGUCAUUGUGUCGUCGGGUAUUGGUAAAAUUAUUAUUUUUUAAAAUUUAUUUUAAAUUGGUCACAAGCAUGUGUUAAUUGUUUACAUUCUGGCUUCCUGCCAUCACUUCGCUGGAGUUGGAUUUUGGCAAACGUAGGUAUUUGUGGAGGGAUUUCUAGAAAAGAUGACUUAUGAUGAUGAUGACCAAUACAUUCGUCACUGUGGUGGCUGCUAGUAAUUUUCUCUUCGUCACUGAUGGGUUAUGUUCGUCAGUGAGGAGUGUGACGAGCGCCAGCGGGAACUCUGCUUCUGUUAUUAACAGGUUUGCAUGGAAACAUGCCAGGAGGUGGAUUACUACUCUAUGAAAGAGGUAUGAAAGAUUGUAUGAGUGUGGAUUACCUGAGAUUCCUCCACGGUAUAUUCUUGCCUUGCAGCCACUGUUUUCAGGAUCCACAGUGUCCUUGCCAAGGAUAAAGCAGUUUCCUGAAGAUGAGUUAAAGAGAAUAAUGUGCUUAAAACUGAUGCAUGAUAAAUGAUGCUGUUUUUGUUCCUUAAGCAUUCUGGCCAGUUAUAUGGCUACCCUGACCUCACUUCCUGCACAGUGUACUUCUGGUUUGGCUUGUGUGGUUUCUGACUUGUUUUAUUCGAGUAAAGCUCUUUAUCCUGUGGUUAUUUCGAUUUUGUUUUUCAUACACAUAAUGCAAAAUGCGUGGUGCUUUUUCAUAAUCCUGACAACUGCUAACUAUGUUUUUUGUUGUUUUUGACCCUACUCCUGCUGUGGGUUCAGUGUUGGAGAGCUGGUUGGAUUUCACAGGAGAAUUGGAGCCUCCAGAUCCUCUGGCCAGACUGCCUCAGCUUAAAUGGCGAAUAAAACAG